UGUGUGUGAAGUGGACUCAGGUCCGCUCACCAUCUCUGCUGCAGGUUUCUGGACUUUUCUGAAGAACUCGAACCGAACCAACGACCAGACCACGAACACACCGACAGGAAUUGACAGCGCAGCUUCCGGCCGGACACAGAUUUGGUGACACCGCGUCCGACACCCAAAACAAAUCCGACCAGAUGUGUGGAUGAAUGAAGCUAACAGGCUAACUGUUAGCAGAGACUUCAACAGUUCGGAUCCAGAAGAGACUCUGACGGGCCGGAGCCGGUCCGAGCCGAUCCGAACAGCAUGCAGGCGGAGUUUCGGCCACCCCGGAGACGAACCCGGGUACAUGAGGAGUACCAAGCCCCGCUGCCGGUGAGCCGCAGCCCGGAGGAGAGGAGCCACUUCAGGGCGCAGCUCAUCAACCAACACGUGCUAGUCUGUCAUCCGGACCACAUCCAGAACAUCCACAACCAGGGUUAUUUCGGGAAAGGCAUCCUGUCCAGAGCCAGACCGGACCACAGCAUCUCUGUCCAAUGGGAGCAACACCAAGGUUUGUUUCUGCCCGUCAUCUCCAAGUACAGGUAUGAUGAGCUGCUCAGGUGGGCGGAGUCAGCUCUUUCUGCUCAGGGAUUGGAUGAAGACACUGUCAAUCAAACCCUGCUCAGACUGUCUCAGACAGUGGAGAUGGAGGAUGUGAGGAGAGAGUUGGAAGGAGGCGGGGAGGAGCCAGGACCAGACGGAGGAGCCACAAAGAGGGUGAGGCCGAGGUCGGAGGUGGAGCCAGAGGCCAAGAGGAGCUGCAGGUUGGACUUGGAUCCAGACCAUGAUUCUGAUCCUGAUCCUGAUCCCAGCUCAGAACAGGACUCUGACUCCAGCCCAGACUCUGUGUCUGACUCUGACUCUGGUCCAGAUCCUGAUCCCUUGGCUCCUGGUCCUGGUUUUGUCCUGGUGGUCUCAGACAGUGCCCAGCAAGUCCGGGAGGUCCGGCGGACUCCGGUCUCUUUCAUAGAGUACCUGCAACUCAGUUUGGAGGAGGCCUUCUUCCUGGUCUACAGUCUGGGCUGCCUGUCUAUCUACCAAAACCAGGAGCCCUUGUCAAUCGUCCAGCUGUGGAGGAAGUUCCGGGUCCUGCGGCCUGACUUCGUCAGCUCAUAUGCAGCCUAUCAGCACUUUCGAAGCAGGGGGUGGGUCCCUAAAGGAGGGGGCGGGGCCAAGUACGGCGUGGACCUCAUGCUGUACAGGAAGGGCCCACCUUUCUACCACGCCAGUUAUUCGGUGGUCAUUGAACGGGUCGAUGAUGCGUUCAGGGGCUCUGGGUUACGUCCGUUCUCGUGGCGUUCUCUGGCGGCUCUCAGCAGGAUCACCUCGAACGUCUCCAAGGAGCUCAUGCUCUGUUACAUCAUCUGUCCAGCCGACCUUUCAGAAGCUGAGCUGGACUCACCUGUCUGUCUGAGCAGACUGAAGGUUCAGGAAGUGAUUGUCAGCAGGUGGAUUUCCUCCAGAGAGCGAGCGGAGCAGGAUGACAUCUGAUUGGCUGACAGAAACAAGAACAUGGAGUGACCAGAAGGUCUGAAUGUCCUUGAAGGCAGCAGCUGUGACAGUCAGUGAACGCCACACGACACAAACUCUCACAAACGUUGGGACGAAAGACUAAAGACUAAUUGAGUACUCAACUGAGACGUGGAUCGGUUCUGAUGACGUGGAUCGGUUCUGAUGACGUGGAUUGGUUCUGAUGAAAACACUUCCUGUUCUGUAAAUAAUUUAAUUCCUGUGAUCGAAUCAAUAAAACUGAGUGAUACAAA